AUGUUAAGACCCAAAGUGUUGUCCCAAGUUUUAAGUCAAGCUAAUAGCAACGGUGUUGAAAACACCAUGCUAUUGACACACGAUGGAAGCUUAUUGGCUUUUAGUGGUUAUGGUGAUAGAGAUUCAAGCAUCACAGCUAUAAUUGCAGCUAAUUUGUGGAAUACUUAUCAUAAGAAUGGUUUAGCUACAUUGAAAGAGGAUCAAUUGCAACUGGUUCUCAUGGACUGUACGGAAGGCAGAAUUGCGAUUAAACAAGUUGCCAACAUUUUAUUAUGCUUGUAUGCAAAUCGAUCAGUGGAAUUUGGUUUACUUAAAGAAAAAAUAACAGCUUUAUCCUCAUAUUUAGAUGGUCCGCUCAGGCAAAUUUCAGCAUCUUAA